AUGCUUCUUAGGAUGAAUGAGGAGUUACACAACGAAACUGUUGAGGAAGAAGAUCGAGCAGAAUCAGAGGAUGAUGAUCCCAUCGACGAAGAUGAUUGUGAUUGCCCUGCUAUUAACGAAGAUGCAGCUGGAUAUAAGGAGAAUGAGCCAGAAUUUUUUUCGAGAUUUGGAGAUGAUGGUCCUCAAGAAGGAGGUGAAGCUGCUGAUGAUAAUGGGGAUGAUAUGUGGAAUGAUGAUCUCAUCCCUGAUCCAUUAACAGAUGAUGAAGAUGAUGCGAUCUUAGGAGUAGAGGGUAGGCCAAUCCCUUCUCGGCCACAUGAGAUCUUAGCACUUGGAAAGUGCUUCAACAAUGCUGAUGAAUUCAAGUAUGCACUUCUCACAUAUUCUCUGAAAACGGAGUAUGAUAUCAAGAUGUAUAAAUCUUCUAGUGAUCGGCUUGGUGCGAAAUGCACAAAACACGCAGAGGAGAAGUGUCCCUGGAGAGUGUAUUGUUCUUUUGAAAAGAGCAAAAACAAAUUGAUGGUCAAGUUCUAUGAGAAUCGGCAUAUAUGUACAAGGAGUUCUUACACCAAGAUUUUGAAAAGUAGAGCUAUUGGACAACUCUUUGAAGAAAGGCUGAGAGUUAAUCCGAAAAUCAAGCCAGAAGAUAUGGUUGCUGAAAUAAAGAGAGAGUUCAAUAUGAUUGUCACUGAAGGCACAACAAUGGAGGUUGAAACGAUUCCCGGGCCACUUCCUGGACACAAGCAAAGGUUCUUUCGUCUCUAUGUCUGUUUUGGAGCAUUGAAAGAAGCGUGGAAGCAGUCAUGUAGGCCUAUAAUAGGAUUAGAUGCCUCGUUUAUGAAAUGGGAUAUUAAAGGCCAAAUGUUAGCUGCAGUUGGUAGAGAUGAUUUAGAUCUUAAAGAUGGAGAUGACUAUACAAUUUUCUCUGACAAACAUGCCGGUUUGUUGAACGCUGUUCAUGAAGAGCUUCCCAAAGCUGAACAUAGGCAGUGUUCUCGACACAUUUUGGGAAAUUGGAAGAAGACAAACAAGGACAUAGAGCUUGAGCGUAUGUUCUGGAGAAUAGCAAGGAGCUAUACACCAGAGGCAUUUGAGGAUAACUUAGAGAUAAUGAAGAAAUACAACUCAGGUGCUUAUGAUUCACUUCUCCGCACUGCACCAAAAACGUGGUCUCGAGCCUUCUUCAAAGUUGGAUCUUGUUGCAACGACAAUCUCAAUAACUUGUCAGAGUCUUUCAAUCGCAAUGUUAGAGAGGCAAGGAGAAAGCCAAUACUUGAUUUCUUAACUGAGGUCAAAAGGACAGUCAUGGAGAGGAAUGCAAAUAGAAUUUUUUUAACCAGGAGGUGGAAGAAAAGGUUCACACCAAGAGCAGACAAAGAGAUUGAAAUCAAUCGGCAAAAAGCUAAAGACUGCAAGAGAUAUAGGACAACUGGAAAUGUGCAUGAGGUCGACUUCCGUGGAGAUCCUUGGAGCAUUGACAUGGAUAAGAAGACAUGUGGCUGCGGUUAUUGGCAAUUGAAUGGCAUACCUUGUAUGCAUGCAAUGUGUGUCAUCACAAACUUGAAGUUAGAUCUCAAUGACUAUGUCUCCGACUACUACUUGACUUCAAAGUGGCAAGCAUUGUAUGAUGAAGGUAUGAAACCAGUUCAAGGCAUAAAAGCAUGGAAGCGGUUAGGGAGAUUGCCUAUUUUACCACCACCAAAUAGAGGUAACAAAGGAAGAUCACAUGGCCGAGCAAGAUUUAAAGGUUCUCAAGAAUCAUCUUCUAAUCCAAACAGAGUAACACGCCAUGGACGUAUUCCGCAAUGUUCAAACUGCAGAAAAGAAGAACAUAACAAGGCAAGAUGUUCUAAUCCCACAGAACCUCCUCCACCCAAACGGCCAAGAGGUCGUCCAAAAAAACAGGGACAAGAACCACAAGGAGUACUCUCUCAAGCAUCACAAGGAGCUUCUCAAGCAUCACAAGGAGCUUCUCAAGAAUCACAAGGAGGAUUUUCUCAAGCAUCACAAGGAGCUUCUCAAGCAUCGCAAGGAAGAUUUGGUUUCUCUACCUAG